AUGGAGCUGAACCAAUUUGAGUGGGUGAAUAAUAAUGAGCAGAGGUUGAAAAAGGAGCUCAAGGAAGAGGGUAAUGUGGGAGAGGAGGAGACAGAGAGAAAGAAUAGAAAGAGGAGGAAGAAGAAGGGUGGUGUGGCAGAGGAAACUGAGAGAAGCAAUGAAAUAAAGAAGGAAAAGAUGGGGCUUGAAGAGAAUGGGGGCGAAGUCGUGGACAAAACUGAAAUUAAAGAAGAAGAAAAGAGGAAGAAGAAGAAAAAGAGGAAGAGUGCAGAGGCAGGUGUAGAGGUAAAAGAAGAAGAGGAGAAACAAGUUGUGGAGGACAAUUUUUGCUUGGGCUGGAAACUUGAAGAAGCAAACCUCACAAGCCAACUCCCCCGAGCCCAUUCGUAG